AUGGACGCUUUCGUGUCGAGGAAACGGGUGAAGGUGUCAGCGUCCGAGGUGCCUCAAGAUCGGGGCGCGGACAGCGAAGAGUCGACCGAUGUCAAGCUGGCAAUGCUGGUGUCGCUCCACCCGGAAUGCUUGCCCGACGAUCUGCUUGACGUUCUUGUCGCAUGUGAGGGCUCAGUCGAGGAGGCUGCUUCUUUAUUGCAGUCACGCCCGGAUUCCACAGCCGGUACCCCUCGAAAGCGUGCGGCCCCGCCCUCCUUCCUAGGCGUGCAGUCUUCGUUGACCAACCAUGUUAUGACCAAAGCAGAAGAUGGGUCUCUCAAACCUUUCUCAGAAACCGCGGGAAAGAAGUCUUUGGCUACGCAAAAAGGGAAGACCUUGCACCUGUUCGACCCGCAAGAUAUUGCAAGCCAUACUCCCUGUACCAUUAUCCACAACUUCCUUCCGGCAGACGAGGCCAACGUACUGCUAGAAGAGCUCCUUCAAGAAUCGCAGCAUUUUACCAGGCACGAGUUCCAACUCUUCAGCCGAACUGUGAAAAGUCCUCACUCGGCAUGCGUGUACGUUUCAACCCCCGAGGAACAACAGCAACAAAUCUCGGACUACACCUACGGAGGGACCUACCGAGCGAAGAUCCGCCAAGCUCCUCGAGAGCUCCGCUCCGUGUCGCGGAAAGUGCAGCGGGCGGUGAAUGAAGAAAUCCAGAAGCGCAUCCGUGAGGUUUACCCGGAUGGAAAGAAACUCAAACACCAGUCGGCGAAGGAGUGGCGCCCAAAUGCGGCAUUCGUGAACUGCUACGACGGGCCCGGCGAGAGCGUGGGAUACCAUUCGGAUGAUCUGACCUACCUGGGCCCCCACCCGGUGAUUGGAAGUCUAAGCUUGGGUGUGGAACGCGAAUUCCGUAUUCGCCGCGUUGUGGCUCGCGACGAGGAGGCCGGGGAAAAUGCGGGGUCUCCGGCCCAGACACCCCAGAGUCCCAUCAAAGCGGCUCGGGGAGAUGCCCAGGGGCAGAUCUCUAUCCAUUUGCCCCACAACUCACUCUUGGUGAUGCACGCAGAAAUGCAGGAGGAAUGGAAGCAUUCGAUCGCUCCAGCACAAACCAUCUCGCCGCAUCCAAUAGCCGGAAAUCGACGGAUCAAUAUCACCUACCGGUGGUAUCGUGACACCAUGCACCCGCGGUACACCCCGCGAUGUCGCUGUGGAAAAUCUGCAAUCCUGCGGUGUGCAAAAAACAAACAGGAGACGCGAGGGCGGUACAUGUGGAUGUGCUACGCAGGAUACGAUCCCGGCAAACCAGGCUGCUCGUUCUUCCAGUGGGCGGAAUUUGACGAUGAUGGCGAUCCAGUGUGGGAGGAGGGACGCAGUGUAGAUCUGGCACCUAAAUUAGUUAAUUUUGCAUCGCAAGGGUAG